GCCUGGACGAUAACGAGGUGCUGGACGGCGACAACGCCACGUCGACGCCGUACUUCGACUUCAACGUGCCACGUAACGUGACAACGGCCGUGGGGCAGACCGCCUUCUUGCACUGCCGUGUCGAGCAGCUGGGGGACAAAGGGGUGUCGUGGAUCAGGAAGCGGGACCUGCACAUCCUGACGGCGGGCAUACUGACGUACACGAGCGACCAGCGCUUCACCGUCAUCCGGCCCGACCGCUCCGACAACUGGACACUGCAGAUCAAGUUCCCGCAGGAGCGCGACUCGGGCAUCUACGAGUGCCAGGUCAACACCGAGCCCAAGAUGAGCCUCGCCUUCCGUCUCAACGUCGUAGAGGCGAAGGCGCGCAUCGCGGGCCCGAGCGACCUGUACGUGAAGAAGGGCAGCGCGCUGAGCGUGGUGUGCUCCAUCAGCCAGGGCCCGCACGACCUGGGCACCGUGUUCUGGUACCGCGGCGCCGCCAUCCUGCAGCCGGCGCCGGCGCCCGCGGCCGGCGCGCGCCUGCGCAUCGACACCGACUGGACGGACGCACUCACGUCGCGCCUCUACAUCGCAGACGCCAGGCCCUCAGACUCGGGCAACUACACGUGCGUGCCCACGCUGGCCAGCGCCGCCAGCGUCAACGUGCACGUCAUCAACGGGGAACACCCAGCGGCGAUGCAGCACGGCAACAAGAGCAGUGCGGUGACGUCACUGAAGCUCCCGCUGUCGCUGUCGCUGUCUCUGCCGUUGGCGCUGUACACGGCGACAGCGCUGCUGGCGCGCCGGCUCAGCUGAACGGCAGCCUUCCUGCGCGUGCGCGACGAGAGCGCGUGUUGACUGCGCAUGCGCGAGACCCAGAGCGUGCCGCGCAUAAGCGAGAGCAUCGCUCGGCUGCCGGACCCUGAGGAGGUGCAAGCUCACUGAAACGGAAAAAAGCCAAAGUCUCCGCGAGAGAGGAUACAAUAACUGUACUGUCUAAAUGAAUAAAUAUACAAUGUACAUAUUUUCAGCAAAUUUUGUUUCACUAGCUGUAGAAUCGUUGUCCAGUUGAUUUGCACAUCUGUUGCGUUCUACUAUUGCAAACCUUUCUAUUAUGGAGUGAGAGAUUCACCUGGAAGAUGGAAGACUGUUAAAGAUAUGAAAUUUUAAGGUGGGAGUUACAUGCAGUGCAGGAUUAAAGCAAUAAUAAUAAUAAUAACAAACAAACUAACAACAGCAGCUCUUUAUCAGUGUCGUAUCAAUUUCAAAAAUACUUAUUCAGUGUUGGAAACGACAAGCAAGGCAAACUUUUGAGUUACACUUAGAGUGUGCAAGAAUUUUAAUUUAUAAUAAUUUCUCUUUCUGUGGCUAGUGCUUACAUGUCACUCACUAUGAAUGAAAGUAGUGCAGAUGGCAGUGAUGCAGGGUUCAAAUACUUAAGGAUGGGAGAGUCAUAAUAAAGGAUGUUGUUAAAGGAAUAAGACUUGUGGAAAUGUUUGGUUGUACAGAAUAUUUCGCAGACCAAUUUUAAUAACAAUUAUAAACAUUUUUCACAAAUUUUAAUAAGUCUUCUCGAAGAGGAAUUGCAUAGGUGAAAGGAUACUUUGGAAGUCCUAGGAAUAACUAUGUACCUAUUUGUAUAUCUGAGAUGUAGGUAAGAGUAACAGAGUAUUUAUUAUCUAGAAAUGUUGAUUUAUAUAUUCGUAUUGUAACAUUAUAUAUUUUGUAAAUUAAUGCACUCAACAUUGUUAUUU